AACGUUCCCGUGCUGUCGUUUCCUAGGUUACUACAACAACGGCGGCACAAACGGAGGGGGGGUGUCGAGCAGCCCCUCAGGCGGCCCUCCGGCUAACGCGGCUCCGGGAUCAGCUCAGGGCUCGUACGGCUCGUUCUACCCGAACGACGGCGGCGCCUACACUGCCACGCCUGCUGCCAAAACCGCCAAAAAGAAACCCCCCAUGCACAAGGGAGGGAAGGCCCCCUUUACAGGAGCUCCAGGGGCGAACGCUGGAUCUCCAGGGGGGUACCAGUCCAGCAGUCCCCAGGGCCAGGGCUCCUAUAAUCAGUACAGCCAGGGAUACGGGCAAGGGAAGAAGAGCUUCAACCAGAGCCAAGGGGGCUCAGGCGGAUACUCCUACAGCACGGCCUACCCCAGCCAGGUGACGGGGGGCUCAGGUGGGAACCAGGACUACAGCUAUGAAGGUUUCAACAGCCAGUCCAGUUACAGCUCACCGGGGGGAGGCGGAGGAGGAGGGAACCAGGGCUUUGGAAACAACCACUCGCAGUACCACAGCCAGUCCGGGUACGGCCGGGGCGACGGCAGCAUGAACUACCAGUACAGAUAGACCGGACCCCCUUCGGUAUGCGACCCCCCCCCCUCUGCGUUAGUGUCUCCAAAGAAAGCGAUCGACGGCCUGACUGUGCUCUCUGCCUUCUCCAUGUUUGCUUCUGACGUGUUUUUGAGUUUGGACCCGUCCCAGGACGCGUGGACGCUGUGACCGUCGGAGUGUAGUGGUCUGAUGUCUCGUGUUUUUAGGUUUCUUCUCCUUUUUAUUUCUGUCAGCGUUCUGAAAAGCUCCGAGCGGCUAACUCUCUCUCUCUCUCUGUUUCUUUUCUUCUGAGAGUUUGGUGGUGUUUUUAUUUUCUCAUGUGAAGUUAGUAAAUCUUGUAGUUUUGAACUACAGAGGUUGUUGUAUUUUUUGUAUCUAUUCCAUAGACCUGAAUAGCUUGUUUUUUCUGCUUGGCCUGUAAUUUUGGCUUAUUUUAUUAAUAGUGUAAUAGUUAUUUUAAUAAAUGUUUUUCAGAUUACUGGACAAUGCAUUUACAUUCUGAUGUCAAAUCCAUCUGGAGUCUCCUCUUCAUGUAUAACAAACUGUGUUUGUAUCAAUAAAUGAUUUUUAUUUUGAGUACAGGUCUUAA